CGAGAGUUAGCUGUGUUUGUCCUGAAAAUAGAAUACAUUUGUAUAUAAUGAGACAGAAAGAUUACAGGGAGGAUAGAGAGAGAUAGAGAGAACAGAUGGAUAGAGAGAGACGCACAGGAGAGGAGAGAGAGAGAGCGAGUGCAUAUCAGCACACAAGCACUGGAAUCAAGGAGAAGAUGUGAAGACAGCACAUGAACGAGGCAGAGAGUGACGGAUGGAGACGGAGAGAGACUGAGAGACAGAGGGCUGGCAGGUGGACGGAUGAAAGAGCUGCAGACGACAAGAUGCUUCAGCUUUGUCAGUGUUUCCAGCAUCACGAGGACAGUACUGAACAACCUGCACAAACAGACUCACAUAUCAGCAGCUGAUUUAAAUCAACUCUACACAUCUGGAUCACAUCAGAUCUUAAGGACACCUGGAACAAAGGAAUACAAGCAAGACAAAGCAAACUAAAUGUAUGAAAUGUAAAACUCCUGUAGACAUCUCUAUUUUAUGGCAGUACGAUGGAAGAGCUUCAACUCCAAAUGAACUAAUCAAUAUGCUGUGGAUCACAUUCUCCACUGGGAGGCUGUUCUUGCGGCAAGAGCACAUAGAGAGUAAUGUUGAAUACUUUGAUUUACAGACUUAAUUUCUUUUUAAUGAGCUGGAAUGCGUUCUCUCUGCGAAGAAUGAGAAGUUGAAUGAUGCUCAGUGAGGCAUGCCCUUCAACACCUUCACACUCUUACAGACAAGCACAGGUUUGCUUAAGAAAUGCUCAAAUUUAGAAUUCUGCAGAUGAAACGAUCUUGCCUUUGGAUUCCAGAGAUCUGAAGGAACUGGGGUUCCUUAGGAGAUGGAGAUGAGACUCAUGUUAGGCUGUCGGGUUGAUCACAAGGACAUUCCUAUUGGACUGGUGCAAAAAAAAUUCAAGGAUACUAAAAAGUAGAAGAAAAAAUAACAAUAAGACAUUGAGUGACAUUUGGAAAUCACAUACAGAAAGGCCCAACUUGAGCACAACAUAUCCGAAAACACAAUUCAAUACAACAUAAAAUGGCUGAACUUGCUGGAUACAAUGGCAGCGAGAGCUUCUUGUUCUCAACUGGUCUGCCUUUCAAUUCUUCUGGCGACUAUGAGUAUUAUGAACCUGAACCCGAUGUCAGCAAGAUCAUCAUCCCCUCCAUCUAUGCACUGGUGUGCUGCAUCGGCGUCACGGGAAACGCCAUGGUCAUCUACGUCAUCCUCAGGUACGCCAAGAUGAAGACGGCCACCAACAUCUACAUUCUCAAUCUGGCCAUUGCGGACGAACUCUUCAUGUUGAGCGUCCCCUUCCUGGCGACCUCGGCCGCGGUGCAUCACUGGCCGUUUGGUUCGCUCAUGUGCCGUUUGGUUCUCAGUGUGGACGGCAUCAACAUGUUCACGAGCAUCUUCUGCCUGACCGUGCUGAGCGUGGACCGCUACAUCGCAGUGGUGCACCCGAUCAAAGCGGCUCGCUACCGACGACCGACCGUCGCCAAAGUAGUCAACGUUUGCGUGUGGGGACUUUCGCUGCUUGUAAUUCUCCCCAUCAUCAUCUUCGCAGACACAGUGCCGGCGCAAGACGGAGGAGUGGACUGCAACUUUCUAUGGCCAGAGUCCUCGUGGUCAGAAGCGUUUGUGGUCUACACAUUCCUACUGGGUUUUUUGCUCCCCGUGGCAGCCAUCUGCAUGUGCUACUGCUUGAUCGUGGUGCGCAUGCGAGCGGUGGGUCUAAAAGCGGGCUGGUUGCAGCGGCGGCGCUCUGAAAAGAAGAUCACACGCAUGGUGCUGCUGGUGGUCGCCGUUUUCGUCCUCUGCUGGAUGCCGUUUUAUAUUGUGCAGCUGAUUAGUGUGUUCCGCAAGCCGCCGGACCCCAUGGUGACUCAGCUAUUUGUCAUUCUAAGCUACGCUAACAGCGGCGCCAACCCCAUUCUCUAUGGAUUCGUGUCGGACAACUUCCGCCGCUCGUUCCAGCGUAUCAUUUGCUUCCGCUGGUUGGAGAAUGGACUGGACGCUGAGCAGGUGGACUACUGUGCUGUGGCCCUGCGGCGUCAGACCACAUGCGGCCCACCAGGUUUUCCAAAGGAGUGCUUGGCUUCCGACAUGGUGUUUCGUAAUGGAACCUGCACCUCUCGUACCACCACACUGUGAGAGGGUAUUCAGUGAGAGUUUAUAAGGAUAUCUGGCUCCGAAAUAAUAGUUUUGUCAUUAUUUACUCACCUUCAUGAAAAUCUUUUAGAGAUAUUUUGAAGAAUGUUGGGAAACAGUUUUUGUGACCACUGGUUCCUAGUGUAAACGCACACACACACAAAAAAACCCCAAUGAAAAUAUAUAUUUUUAUGUCCAACAUAAGAAGUAUAUACAUGUUUGGAACAACAUGAGGGUGAGUAAAAAAUAACAAAAUGUAUUUUUGCGGGGUGAACUUGAAGUGACUUGAAGACUUGCCAAAAGCUCAUGCCAUUCAUUUUUGUUGGAAAUAAACACAAAGUUUAAAUUGUUACUGUACCAUAAUAUUUAUUUAGUCUACAAUAACCAUACUAUGAUACUAAUUAAUAAAAAUAAUUAAUGCAUUGUUAAUACAUUUCUUGAAUUACAUAUUCAGAUAGAAGCAUCUAAAGAGAGGAGACAGUCCAGUUCAUCUGUAUAGAUAACAAGCAAAAUGUUUGUUUAAUCUUUAAAUAUCUUUCAUGAGCUUUUCAUCAGCUGAUGUGUAGACAUGAUUUUAUUUAAAUGUGCUUAAGGGAAUGGUUAAUAUCAAUCACACAACAUGGUUAGGAUAUACAAUUUACACCUUAUGGAAGUGUGGUCACAUUUAACUUUGCUCAGCAUCAUUUUAUAUGUUUUAUGUGUUGACCAAGAGAAAGCAGCUUGCUUUGUAAUUUACCUCUGUGUGAAGGAUGUUUCAUGCAUCGCUACACUAUUAACUAUUUAACUAUAAGACCUCAUUAUGAACAACCAAUAUCCCCCUACUGUUAAUUUUGUGAUCCUUAUGUAAUAAUGUUAAUUGUAGAUUAAUGUUUAUAUGAAACAUAUGUUGAAAUGGUUAUAUGAUUAGUUUGUGGAUUCUAAUUCUGUGUACUUCUGAAAGCACAAUAUCACCAUAACAAAAUACUUAUUUUGUUCUUGCUUAAAUUGUUUAUAAUUGUGUUAUGUUUGUAAGCCAAAUGAGCCCAAAUUUGACUCAGUUUACCCUGCUUUAAAACUGUGUUGUUGGUCCAAAAUGUUUAUAUUUUAAACUAAAUUUUAAAAAAGAAUAAAAGUUGAGUGAACCUGG